AGUGGAGUAUGCCCGAUGCAAGUGCGAGGACGCGGGUGCUGUAAGAUGCCGUGCGAGAGCUGCGCGGUACAGUUCAGCGUGUUCAAGAGGAAGCGGGCUUGCUCUGAAUGCGAGCGCUACUACUGCAGCGGCUGCCUGCGGCGCGGCGGCGGCACGAUGUGCGCUGCGUGUCGCGUGCUCACCACCCGGCCCCUGGCGCGUCAAACCAUCGCUCACCUGAAGGUCCGCGACUUGCAAUGCUUCCUCCAACGACAGAACGUUUCCACCCGAGGAUGCGUGGAGAAGGAGGAGCUGGUGAGCCUGUGCGUUUUGCACGUGAACAGCGCGGCGUACCGGCGCCGCGGCUCCCGAGCCGCCGGCCCCUUCACGGCGCUCAAGGGGCUCACCACCAACCUCAACGAGUUCCUCUCCUCCGCCUUCGACCUGCGCAACCCGCCCCCACAGCCACAGCCACCUGGCACUGCUUUCCGCAGUAGUUGCCGGAACGCGGCGCACGCGCACUCGCCCGGCAACGGGGUGCCUCAUGACAUUCCUGACCGACGUUUCACUCCAACGCCAGGUGGUGAGCGCGACAUCCGGGUGCCGGUGCCGGAGGCGGGCGGAGAGGGGGAGGCGGGCACGAGCGAGAGGGAGGAGGAGGGCGCACGCGUCGACACCACGGACUGCUUCGAGAUAGAGGACCUCGCCGACACCGGCUGGGAGUUCGUCACGCGCCCCGCUGACCCGCUGCCUAACGACUCUGAGGUGCUCCUGCUAGCGGCAGAGCGGAGCUCCCGCGGCGCUGCGACGCCGCAGCGCGCCGCCUCCGAGCUGGAACUGCACCGCAGCGAGUCGGUGCUCACCGCCGCCAGCCAGGACUCCAUAGGCACGGUCAGCCUGCACGAAGAGAUCAUGCCCACAGACCUUGCAGACUCAUCUGAAGAUAGUCCCCAGGAGCCAAUCAACCUAGAACAGUUCAAAAAGGUGUCUGACCUGGACCUGCUGAGCGGCAAGCAGCUCAAGGAGCUGCUGUCGCGCAACCGCGUGGAGUACCGCGGCUGUCUGGAGCGGCGAGACCUGCUGGAGCGGGCCAAGAUGCUGUGGCGGGACCACGCCAAGUACAAAGAUCAAAUCGACAGUCUGCCGAUAGAAGACAGCUGCAAGAUCUGCAUGGCGGCGCCGCUGGAGUGUGUGCUGCUGGAGUGUGGCCACAUCGCCGCCUGCACCGCCUGCUCCAAGCAGCUGGCCGAGUGCCCCAUCUGCCGCCAGUACGUGGUGCGAGCCGUGCGCUUCUUCCGCUCAUAACCAUCUUCUACUCUUUCCUUCUAGCCGCAGCACACAGCUGCCAGAACAGGACGGCACUAGCGCUACCUUACCGUCUGUUCUUGCCAUCUCCCAUAUUUUCUUGCCCUUCUGCCCGCUUAUUAUACAAGGUUUUUGGACGGGUCCAGUCCAAUCAAGUCUGAUCCGUUUCAUUCAGUCUGUCAAUACGAAGUCAAGUAAAUUAAGAAGUUGCUAUCUAGUGUGCCUCGGAAAAGUUAAUGGCAGGGUGACGUUAUUUCGCAUGUUACUUCCCGACGGCGAAGCUGGCAUACAGAAUAAAUACCUCGUUUCUUACAUCUCUUUCUCCUUUCCUCAUACCUAUCCAUCUCUGCUUCUCACACUCUAUAUAUACUUUGUUGUUAAUAAUAAAAUACGUAGUUAGAAAUUAUACAAAAAUGAGAAUUAAUAGUGUCAAAUAGAUCGAAUCUAUGUUACUCAAAACACAGAAAUAGACUUGCAGAUUACUCAAAAGUUUUUUGUUAAGAGCAUCUUACAUUAAGUGCUUACAGUGUAAACUCUAUAGCGAAAUUGAAAGGAGCGGGUAUUUUAUUGCGUUAUAAAGAGUUACGGACAGUAAAAGAGUAACAAUGUAAACCAAACAAACAAUUUCUACGUUUUAAAGAACUCUACAGCUGUUAAGGACUGUUGAAUUCUUAAACAUAGAAAUUGCUAAAAACUAACCUAACCUACUUAAAUGUAGAAACUUCUAAAAAAAUAUAGAAAGGUGACUGAAAUCUGGAAGGUUACUUGUUAACUCCACUCGUACUAUUGUUGUACCUACUCCUAGCAUAAGCUUUACCCUUAGUUGGAGGGGAAAGGGGAGUAUUAGUCAUGAUUAACAUGCCCAAUAUUCUUUAAAAAAAACAGUAAUUCGCAAUAUAGAGUUUACACUGUAUUCCGAAACAAUCAAAAGAACCGUGAGAUCCUCUUAACUUUUAAGGUGUUUUCAAUAAACUAGGGCUAGUUAGUUAACAUUGCAUAGCCAUAGUUACUGAGCAAAA